CAAGAUGGCGGCGCAGCAGCAACUCCGUGAGGGCGGUGCGCAAUUGGCUGGGCCCGCGGCGGCGGUGGCAGCAGACCCCCUGGGCCGCUUCACGUGUCCCGUGUGCUUGGAAGUGUACGAGAAGCCCGUGCAGGUGGCCUGCGGACACGUCUUUUGUUCUGCAUGCCUGCAGGAAUGUCUGAAGCCGAAGAAACCUGUCUGUGGGGUAUGUCGCAGCACUCUGGCCCCUGGCGUCCGAGCCGUGGAGCUCGAGCGACAGAUUGAGAGCACAGAGACAUCCUGCCAUGGCUGCCGUAAAAAUUUCUUCCUAUCCAAGAUCCGGGCCCACGUGGCUACUUGUUCUAAAUACCAGAAUUACAUCAUGGAAGGAGUGAAGGCCACCACCAAGGAUGCAUCCCUUCAGCCAAGGAAUAUCCCAAACCGUUACACUUUUCCUUGCCCUUAUUGCCCUGAGAAGAACUUCGAUCAGGAAGGGCUUGUGGAGCACUGCAGAUUAUUACAUAGCACAGAUACCAAGGCUGUGGUUUGUCCGAUAUGUGCUUCGAUGCCCUGGGGAGACCCCAACUACCGCAGCGCCAACUUCAUAGAGCACAUCCAGCGCCGCCAUCAGUUUUCUUACGACACUUUUGUGGAUUACGAUGUUGAUGAAGAGGACAUGAUGACUCAGGUGUUGCAGCGCUCCAUCAUAGACCAGUGAGCAGCCUCUGCUGUCCAUCUCCCAUCCUAGAGCUUCCA